UUCCGGGCGCUCACUCCGCAGCUGGCUCGGAGUCAGCUCCUCCCUCAUGUGGUGGCUUCUCCGACCAAAGGAGCUUUGGACGUGAACAGUUUCGCUGAGGAGCACUUUUCUCUCCCCCCCACCCUCAUCAGUCCUCCCCCAUUAAAAAAAAAAAAAAAAAAAAGCCCAUCGAGUCAGGCACUUUGGCCACAUCGACCUGAGGAGGGGGGAGUUUAGGUGUUGGAUGAUCGGGUCUCCAGUUCUUCAUCCACCCAGAUCCCUGGCAGCGAUGGAGACUCGGGCUGCUUUGUGCCCGGGCUCGCGCCUCCUAUCUCUGGGUAUCUGGCUGAUGGUGGCCGCGCGCGCCCUGCCACACGCCGGCGCGGUGAUAAGCUGCGCGUCCUGCCCGUCGCCGGUCCAACUUCACAGACAGGAGCUGCAGCUGAACCGGGGGGCGGCCGGCCUCAGGAGCGUGCGUGCGGAGUUCAGGGAACUCGGGUUCUCCAGCCUGGACGCUGGUCUGGACCGGGACCACGAGCCGGGGGAUUCUACUGAGGACGUCCCGCAGUUCCACCGGGAUGAAGCUCCAGGACGCGACGGCGCUGCGCUCCGGAGAGCCAAGAGGAGCGGCGCGGAGUUUGGCGACAGCGGGUGGAGCGGGGGGGCCGGCGGGGGUGAGGGCUCGCAGGUGGACGGGCAGAGAUCAGUCAGGUGGAACCGGGAGGACGGGGGCGGGAUUAACCGGCAGGACGAGCCCAAACUCAGCAGCAGCACCUUCGCCCUGACGGGGGACUCUGCGCACAACCACGCAGUGGUGACCUGGUCCGGACAGAACAGCAGCGUGAUCCUGAUUCUGACCAAACUGUACGACUUUCAUAUUGGCAGUGUCACUGAGAGUACUCUUUGGAGAUCUGCAGACUACGGCUCCACAUAUGAGAGAAUGAAUGAUAAAGUUGGUUUCAAGACUGUCCUCAGUUACUUAUACGUGUGUCCGACCAACAAAAGAAAGAUCAUGGUGCUGACAGAUCCGGAGUUUGAGAGCAGCGUGCUCAUCAGCACAGACGAGGGAGCCAGCUACCAGAAGUUCCGCCUGUCUUUCUUUGUCCUGAGCCUGUUGUUCCACCCCACCCAGGAGGACUGGGCCUUGGCCUACAGUCACGACCAGAAGCUGUACAGCUCAGUGGACUUUGGGAGGAAAUGGCAGCUCAUUCACGAGCACGUCACCCCGAACAGAUUCUACUGGUCUGUGGCAGGCCUCGACAAAGAACCAGAUCUGAUCCAUAUGGAGGCUCACACACCAGAUGGAAAUGUGCAGUACGUCACAUGCAGAGCUCAGAUGUGCACUGAGGCAAACAGGAACUAUCCGUUCCCUGGAUACAUCGACAUCAGCUCUCUGGUGGUUCAAGAUGACUACAUAUUCAUACAGGUUCCUACGUCAGGACGAGCCACUUAUUAUGUGUCCUACAAGAGGGAUUUAUUUAUUCAGAUCAAACUGCCCAAGUACUCUCUGCCUAAGGAUUUACACAUCGUCAGCACCGACGAGAAGCAGGUCUUUGCGGCGGUGCAGGAGUGGAACCAGAACGACACCUAUAACCUCUACCUGUCCGACACCAGAGGCAUCUACUUUACCUUGGCCAUGGAAAAUGUCAAGACCACAAGGGGCAUCAGUGGGAACCAAAUGCUCGAUCUGUACGAGGUGGCUGGAAUUAAAGGCAUGCUAAUCGCCAACAAGAGACAGGACAACCAGGUGAAGACCUACAUCACCUACAAUAAAGGCCGGGACUGGAGGCUGCUGCAGGCUCCUGCUUCCGACCUGGACGGGAACGACGUCCACUGCAUACUGCCUUUUUGUUCCCUUCAUCUUCAACUGCAAAUGUCAGAGAAUCCUUACGUGUCGGGAACGAUCUCCAGCAAGAGUUCAGCGCCGGGAAUUAUCGUAGCCACAGGAAACGUUGGAGCAGAGCUGUCGUAUAACAACGUUGGCAUGUUUGUGUCGUCGGAUGCAGGCAAUAGCUGGAGACCGAUUUUUGAAGAGGAGCACAACAUCUGGUUUUUGGACAGAGGAGGGGCCCUCGUUGCUGUCAAACAGCCGUCUGUGCCAACCAGACACUUAUGGGUCAGCUUUGACGAGGGGAGGCAGUGGACCCAGCACAGCUUCUCCUCGGUUCCUCUCUUUGUGGAUGGAGUCUUGGUGGAGGCCGGGGCGGAGAACCAAAUCAUGACCUUUUUUGGACAUUUCAGUCACCGCUCUGAGUGGCAGCUCAUCAAGAUAGACUACAAGUCCAUCUUCAGCAGGAAGUGCACGGAGGAGGACUACCAGACGUGGCACCUGCACAACCAGGGCGAGCCGUGCGUCAUGGGUCAGAAGCAGAUCUACAUGAAGCGCAGGCCUGGAAACUACUGCAUGCUGGGACAGGACUACUCCAGAAUCCUCUCAGCCGAGUCUUGUAUUUGCCGGGCUCAUGACUUUGAAUGUGAUUAUGGGUACGAGCGGCGAGGCGACGGAAACUGCCGACCGGCCUUCUGGUUCAAUCCUUCCACUGUGUCCAGAAGUUGCAGCCAGGGUCAGAACUACUUCAACAGCACUGGUUACCGUAAAGUGGUGCUGAACAACUGCACCAAAGGAGUUAAAGAGAUGUACACGGCGAGGAAGCAGCAGUGCCCCAACAGACCUCCCAAAGGACUCAUGCUGACCACCAAAGAUGGAAAACUCACCGCCAACAUGGGCAACAACGUCACCUUCCUGGUGCACCUGGAUGAGGGCGACUCCCUGCAGACAAACAUCCAGCUGGAUUUUGGUGACGGCACAGCCGUCUCCUACUCCAACCUGAGCUGGACCGAGGAGGGAAUCAAACACGUCUACAGAUCUGCAGGAAUAUUUCGUGUCACUGCGCUGGCAGAGAACAUGCUGGGUUACGACACCACCACUCUCUUCCUGCACAUCACCUGUCCGGUGGAGCACGUCCAGCUUCUUGCUCCGUUCGUCAUCAUCACACACAAGGAGGUGAACAUCUCAGCUGCGGUCUUACCCAGCCAGCCACGCACCGUCACCUACUUCUGGUGGCUGGGCAACAACACCGAGCCAGUGAUAACUCUGGAUGGGAGCAUCGCGCACACCUUCACGAUUGAGGGAAUGCACACCAUCACCGUCCAAGUGUCUGCAGGCAACACCAUCCUACAGGACACCAAGACCAUCGCCGUCAAAGAGUUCUUCAAAUCUCUACUUUUAUCUUUCUCCCCUAAUCUGGACGAGUUCAACCCCGACAUCCCCGAGUGGAGGCAGGACGUUGGGAGAGUAAUUAAGAAGGCUCUGCUCCAAGUGUCUGAUUUCCCAGAGGAGCGGCUUUUGGUGGCCGUGUUUCCAGGAGUUCCAACAGCCGCUGAGCUCUUCUUGCUACCCAACAAGAACCAAUCAGAGGACAAGAAAAAGACGGAGGAGGAGCUAGAAAAGGCAUCCAAUGUUAUUGUCAGUGCUCUGAACCAGAACUUGGUGGAGUUUGAGCUAAAGCCUGGAGUCCGGGUCAUCGUGUACAACACACAGUUAACUCUUGCUCCUUUGGUGGACUCCAGCCCCAGACACAGCAGCUCUGCCAUGCUCAUGCUCCUCUCCGUGGUCUUCCUGGGCCUGGCUGUGUUCCUUAUCUACAAAUUUAAGAGGAAAAUACCCUGGAUCAACAUAUACGCCGAGGUGAACCAGGAGAAGGAGCAGGAGAUGAUUGGCUCGGUGGGUCAGGGCGACAGCACGCCCAAAAUCACGCUGAGCGAGUUCGCCACGUCCAAAGAACGCCUGGAGAAGGAACUGGACGCCAGAGUGAAGAGAGGAGUGGGAAACGCCUGCGAGAGCACCAGGGAGAUUCCAAACUGCACCAGCGUGUGAACGGAGCCGAGCUUCGCCGCGUCCGGGGGCUUCUUCUCCCUUUCUGUUUUGUAAUUACCGACGCAGCUGAUGUGAAUAGUUUUCUAAAAGACCUCAUUUCUACGGACUGGCGCGGAUGUCUCAUCCAGCAGCAUCCGCCGCAGCGAAUUCACCCGACCACAUCUCUGUAGUCACUGAAGAAACUUUAAAGCUGCAUUCAU